AAGAACAGGCCAGGCAUACCUACCAUUUACCAUUUAUUUAUUUAUUUGUUUAUUUAUUUAUUUACGCUUAUCGCAUUUCCUCCACCAAAAGACGGGAGAAAUAGACUGGACUAAAAUCUUUUGAUCUUUUAUGAUUGAAUUACGGGAUGCGCUGCGGGGUCUCUUCCAUUCAGAUACGAUAAUGUGGAUUGGCUAUGUUGUUCGACACGACGUAAAGUCCAGUGUAAUAACGAAAAAGGCACCUAAAUGACUUCACGGUGCCCUGCAUAUGUAGCUAUGUGUAGCUUUGAUGGACCUGUUUUUUCCACGCAAUUUAAAAAUAUUUUCUGUAAAUUAUAUGGCUUAUUUCAGAGAGUAUCCUUCCGCUUCUAUGUAUCAACAUUACAUUAUUUUAAAGAUAGCCUAUACUUGCAUAUAUUUAGUAAUAAUAUGAAUUGUAAACUAUAAUGUAAAUUUUAAAUGUACAGCCGCGUUUUAGCGCACACGUUAAACUGAAAACGAAAUAUGUAAUUUGUAAGACGAGAUCAUUCCGAUAAUUGUUUUCUUAUUUUUCAUUUAGGACAUUAUAGAAUAUAUGCUUAUUUACUGAGUAACUGAAAUUCGGUUUUUAUCAGGUGGGCUACACUUUUCAAAAUAGUUCAUCUUCGGUAAAAACGAAUGCGACACAAUACUAUUUUCAAAAAAUAAUUCCAACAUUUCAAUACCUUGAAAUAAAACCAUUUGUGAAUGGCUAAAAGCAAAAUGUGAAACAUUUGGAGAGAAAAAAAACAUGUAAUGUAGAUCUUUUUCUUCUUCAAAUUAGCUUUGUUUACGCGUUUAGACUUGAUUAAGGACUUUCUUAUUUUGCUUUAUUUUAUCAUAAUAUAAAUUGAAUGAGCUCUCUUAUUUUUCUCCUAUUUUUGUAGGCCCAGAUUCUUAUAGGGGAUAUUUAGAAACAUGAAGCCUAUUGUAACACGCCAAACCUCAUAUCACGUUUAAAAAAUUUCAAACAUCAAAGCAACAAUUCAAGAUAUUUUAUUCAGAAGACGGUUAUGUCCACAAUAGUACUACUUGAGAAUAAGCUCGGGUUUUAGUAGGAGUGACCGUUUCAUCAACGUCAUUACCAUUAGAAGAAGAAGAAGAAGAAGAAUAAGAACGACCAAUAAAUACAUUCCCGAAUAAGUAUCCAGACCUAUAUAAAUGAACUGCUUUCAAAUACAUACAUACCAGAAAAUCCUACCAUGUGUUCCCUGGAGGUCAACCUUCACUCCAUAUCAUGAGCAAUCUUUUUGUUCACAAACAUUACGAUUAAGAACACGGUAACUAUGCAUGUCCACAUUCUAAAUGAUGCAUUCAGGAAAUGAUUAUUUAAAAAAACGGUGAAAUCAAUGAACCGAACGGGAGUGUGUAGGGGGCUUCUUAACGCUUCUAGGUUUAAACUUUGGAAUUUGUUUUUCUUGUAGUCUGUUUUUAUCUACCUUGCAUCAGCCGCAAGAGCCACGUAUUUGGUCGUGUUGCUCAGUUCUAGUCGACGACUCUUUGUUCUUUCUGCAGCAGGGUGUCCUUCUCCUGCUUCACGCGCUAGAUGGCGCCCUUGCUCCACGCCACGCGUCCACGUACUCACCAACUUGACCCCGCUGACGUCACUACGGUCUGGAGCAUCAAGGCCACUUUCAAAACCCUAUUGGUCUGAAAAUCACGUGGCAGGGUGCCUUGCAUCCAUAAUUAUGUUGCUGAUAUUUUUUUUUUCGUUCCCCUCGAAAGAUGUCAGCUUCCUACCGCCGUAAUCUUCCUCGAAAUAACUUUCACUGCUGAUGCAAAAUAAUAAUAACAACAAUAACAAUAAAAUGUCAUGUCCUAACAACGUGGCGGCGGGCUCUUUCCACAUGGACUCUCUUGUGGGAGGACCCCCCGCCUACAGAGGUGAGGGCUACUCCGGCAGCCCUGGGAUAUACGUGCAGGCGGGUGCUGAAUACGGCUGCUCCAUGCUGAGAAACUGUGGAAUUGUACCUACACCACUUUCCAAAAGAGACGAGCUUCCAGCGACCUCCCUGCCUGUAAGCGCCUACCAUCACCAACCCUUCCUUCCGCAACUGGACUCAUGGGGCACAGACCCCAAAGCUUCAUGCAGGAUCGAACAACCUGUUGCCCGUCCUUUACCCUCUUGCUCCUUUCCAGCGGGCAAUGUCAAAGAAGAGGCGAUGUGUUGUUUGUACCGGGCUGACAUUGACAGGGCGAAGGAGACUACUGAGCCAGCCACCUACACGCGACUUGGGGCCGGCAGCAGCCAGUGUAAGCCAGGUCCUGUACCCGAGCCUGGCUAUUUCCGAGUGAACCAGGUGUAUCCAGAGGAGAAGGAACGCGGUGAAAAUGAGUUUACGGGUUUCGCGCCCGUACCUAAUAUGACAGCUACUACGGAGAAGUCUCUUCAGUCAUUGCGCGACAGCGACGAAUUCGAGCCUGAGCCGGUUAUUGAAGAAAUGAAGAAGGAGGAUUCCAGCACGGCUAAAAGACUAUCAGAGAAAGAAGAGGCUUUCAACAAGGUGGACUGUAGCAGUACUGACAAUUCGGACAACGAAAUUAAAGAGGACCGAAAAGCGGAAAAGACGACAGGAAACUGGCUUACGGCGAAAAGUGGCAGAAAGAAGAGGUGUCCGUACACAAAAUACCAGACACUGGAGCUGGAGAAGGAGUUCUUGUUUAACAUGUAUUUGACUCGUGAGCGCCGCCUGGAGAUCAGUAAGAGCAUCAACCUGACAGACAGGCAGGUGAAGAUCUGGUUUCAGAACCGACGGAUGAAGCUGAAGAAGCUCAACAGGGAGAGUCGCGUUCGAGAGCUCACACCCAGCUUCAGCUACACCUGAAUCCUCCCGAACAAACAUAAACAAUAAACAAGCACGCAUAACACACACACACACACACACACACACACACACACACACACACACACACACACACAUACACACAUACGCACACACACACACACACACACACACACACACACACACACACACACACACACACACAUACUCUCUCCCUCUCUCUCUGUCUUUCACACACACACACUCUCUCUCUCUCCCUCUCUGUCUUUCAUACACACACAUACUCUUUCUGUGUGUCUUUCACACACACACACACACACACACACACUCUCUCUCUCUCUCUCUCUCCCUCUCUGUCUUUCAUACACACAUACUCUCUCUGUGUGUCUUUCACACACACACACACACACACACACACACACACACACACACACACACUGUCUUUCACACACAUACACACACACGCAUACUCUCUCUUUCUCCGUGUCACACACACACACACACACACACUGUCUUUCACACACACACACACACACACACACACACACACACACACACACACACACACACACACACCACAGACACGCACAGACAUUACACAGUUGGAACAAUCUAAGGGGAAUUUCAGGAAAAACAAUUAAGCACUGAAAAUUGGAUUAUUGACCCCCCCCCCCCCCUUUACUAGAAAAGACCGAUUCUACAUGAAAAAUGCUUAUAACACGGCUGUACCGCUGUGUCUUCGUGUUGGGGCACCAAGCUUAUACGGAAAAAGUACAAUUUACGUUCCAGUUUGUAUCAGAAAUGAAUUUAUAUUGCUUGUGCAUUGUGCUGAAACAUGUUCUACUCCCCACUAUAUAAUUUAACCUGCUCUGUUUAAUUUGAUGACGCUAAUUGACUGAUUGGUUGUUCUCAAUGCACUUUUAAUGUAUUGUGCUGGUUAUUGCGUGCAGUAUUCGUUGCAUGUGUGUUGCUUCCCUAUAUGUGUAUGCCAAUUAGAUACCUAUAAGUGGCCCAUUGUUAAACAAUAAAUAA